GCCCCGCCCCGCCCGCCGCGUUCCCGCCCUUCCCUCCUCCCAUCAGCCCCCGCGGCCCGUCCCUUCCGGGCACGGCAAGAUGGCGCAGCCGCCGGUUCUCCUCAAGGACAUGAAGCUGAUGGACGUGAAGCUGGGCCAGCUGGGCAGCUGGCUGGCCAUGAGGGACUUCACCCCCGGCGGCAUCUUGGGGGCCAUUCGAAGAGGUCACAGCAGAUACUACAACAAAUACAUCAAUGUGAGGAAGGGAGGCCUCGGGGGUCUCUCCAUGGUGCUGGCUGGGUAUAUUAUCCUCAGCUACAUGUGGAGCUACAGCCACAUCAAGCAUGAGCGCAGGAGGAAAUACCACUGAAACACCAUCAGAAGGUGAAGGUGCACAGCUACCCUGACAGAAGACAUCAGAACUAUGGAUAAUAAAUGUGUACUCUUGUGACCAAUAAUAAAGUGCAUACACUUUA